GCCAGAUGUGUCUCGGUGACGCGCGCGCAGGCUGAUGCCGUGCGUGCGGACGCAUGCGCGGUCCUAUACGUGAGCAAAGCGGGGAGUCGGGUUCAAAGGAGGAAAUAUGGCGGAAAACAAAGGAGGAGGAGGCGGUGGUGGCGGGGAGGGGGCUGGGGAGGCCGCGCCGGCUGGGGGUGGUCCCGAGCCCGCCACCGCUGCAGCCGCUGUCGUUGUCACCUCCGCGGCGACAGUGGCGUCCCCGCCCCCUCCGGCCCCCGCCCCUCCCGACGACAGGGAGAGCCCUGCCGCGGUGGUCCUGGCUGCGGCGGCGGACAAGGGCCCAGGAGAGGCGGAGGCCGCGGCGCCGGUGGUGGUGAGCGGAGGCCCGGGCUCCGGCUCCCUGCCGGCGCCGCUGGGCCCCAGCCCCGCGCCCCCUGCCCUGUCUAGCGCCGCGCCGGGCCCGCUGUCGCUCCUGGACACCUGCGCCGUCUGCGCGCAGAGUCUGCAGAGCCGGGAGGCCGAGCCUAAACUGCUGCCGUGCCUGCACUCCUUUUGCCGCCGUUGCUUGCCAGAGCCUGAACGCCAGCUCAACGUGCCCGUGCCCGGCGGCGCCAACGGGGACAUUCAGCAGGUUGGUGUGAUCAGGUGUCCGAUCUGUCGCCAGGAAUGCAGACAAAUAGAUUUGGUAGAUAAUUACUUUGUGAAAGACACAUCAGAAGUACCAAGCAGCUCUGAUGAGAAAUCUGAACAGGUGUGUACCAGCUGUGAAGACAAUUCUAGUGCUGUUGGUUUCUGUGUAGAAUGCGGAGAAUGGCUUUGCAAAACAUGCAUAGAAGCCCAUCAACGAGUAAAAUUUACUAAGGAUCACAUGAUCAGAAAGAAGGAAGAUGUUUCUUCAGAAGCUGUUGGAGCAUCUGGUCAACGUCCUGUGUUUUGUCCUGUCCACAAACAAGAACAGCUAAAACUUUUUUGUGAAACUUGCGACAGAUUGACAUGCAGAGACUGUCAGUUACUGGAACACAAAGAACAUAGGUAUCAGUUUUUGGAGGAAGCAUUUCAGAAUCAAAAAGGUGCUAUUGAAAAUCUGUUAGCCAAACUCCUUGAGAAGAAGAAUUAUGUUAACUUUGCAGCUACUCAGGUGCAAAAUAGGAUAAAGGAAGUAAACGAAACUAACAAACGAGUAGAACAGGAAAUCAAAGUUGCUAUUUUUACCCUCAUUAACGAAAUCAAUAAAAAAGGAAAAUCUCUUUUACAGCAGCUUGAGACUGUGACAAAAGAGAGACAGAUAAAGCUAAUGCAACAGCAGAAUGAUAUUAAUGGCCUGUCACGGCAGGUGAAACAUGUGAUGAACUUUACCAAUUGGGCUAUUGCAAGUGGCAGUAGCACUGCACUGCUUUAUAGCAAGCGACUGAUCACGUUCCAGCUGCGACAUAUUUUAAAAGCACGAUGUGAUCCCGUCCCAGCUGCUAAUGGAGCAAUACGCUUCCAUUGUGAUCCCACAUUCUGGGCAAAGAAUGUAGUCAACUUAGGUAAUCUUGUUAUUGAAAAUAAACCAACCCAAGGUUACACUCCUAAUGUAGUAGUGGGACAAGUUCCCCCGGGAACCAACCAUAUCAGCAAACCUCCAGGGCAAAUUAAUCUUGCACAACUUCGACUCCAGCAUAUGCAACAGCAGGUGUACGCACAAAAACACCAGCAGUUACAACAGAUGAGGAUGGGGCAGCCAGCAGGGCAGCUCCCCCGUCAGGCAGGCCCACAGAUGCUACAGCAACAGCCUCCUAGAUUGAUAAGUAUGCAGACCAUGCAACGGGGUAUGAAUUGCGGUGCUUUCCAAGCCCACCAGAUGAGAAUGGCUCAGAACGCUACUCGUCUCCCAGGGAUACCACGGCACAAUGGGCCCCAGUACUCCAUGAUGCAGCCACACUUACAAAGACAAGUAUAUGCUCAUUCAAACCCAGGACAUGCUGGCCCUUUCCCAGUUGUCUCAGUGCACAAUAAUACUAUCAACCCAACAAGUCCUACGACAGCCACCAUGGCCAAUGCUAACCGUGGUCCAACAAGCCCAUCUGUAGCAGCAAUAGAGCUUAUUCCUUCUGUAACAAACCCAGAAAACCUUCCUUCCCUUCCAGAUAUCCCUCCCAUUCAGCUGGAAGAUGCUGGUUCCAGUAAUUUAGAUACUUUACUAAGCAGAUAUAUUGCAGGCAGCCACCUGCCCCCCCAGCCUAUAAGCAGCAUGAAUCCCUCCCCUGGACCUUCAGCUCUAUCUCCAGGCUCAUCAGGUUUAUCGAAUUCUCACAUCCCUGUGAGGCCACCCAGUACCUCCAGUACAGGUAGUAGAGGCAGCUGUGGUUCAUCAGGCAGAACAGUUGAGAAGAAUAAUAUUAGUUUUAAGACUGACCAUGUCAAAGUUAAACAAGAGCCUGGUACAGAAGAAGAGGUAUGCGGUUUCUCAGGACCAGUAAAGCAUGAAAAAUCAGAGGAUGGCAGAAGGAGUGCCUGCAUGCUCAGCAGUCCUGAGAGCAGCUUGACUCCACCUCUUUCCACAAACUUACAUCUUGAAAGUGAAUUAGAAGCUCUAGGAAGUAUAGAAAACCAUGUUAAAACUGAACCAGGAAACCUGAGUGAAAGCUGCAAACAGUCGGGACACAGCCUUGUCAAUGGCAAAUCUUCAGUGCGCAGCCUCAUGCACCGAUCAGCUAGGACUGGAACAGAAGGCAAUAACAAAGAGGAUGAUCCCAAUGAAGACUGGUGUGCUGUUUGCCAAAAUGGAGGAGACCUGUUAUGUUGUGAAAAGUGCCCCAAAGUUUUCCACCUCACAUGUCAUGUACCUACUCUCCUCAGCUUUCCAAGUGGAGAGUGGAUAUGUACGUUUUGCCGAGAUCUAAUGAAACCUGAAGUUGAGUAUGAUUGUGACAAUUUGCAGCACAGUAAGAAGGGGAAAACUGCGCAAGGUUUGAGUCCUGUGGACCAAAGGAAAUGUGAACGCCUCCUCCUUUACCUGUAUUGUCACGAGCUGAGCAUUGAAUUCCAAGAGCCAGUACCAGCCUCGAUACCAAACUACUAUAAAAUAAUAAAGAAACCAAUGGAUUUAUCUACAGUAAAAAAGAAAUUGCAAAAGAAACAUUCCCAGCACUACCAGACGCCUGAAGACUUUGUGGCAGAUGUGCGGCUGAUCUUCAAGAACUGUGAAAGGUUUAAUGAAAUGAUGAAAGUUGUUCAAGUUUAUGCAGAAACACAAGAGAUUAAUUUGAAGGCUGAUUCAGAAGUAGCACAGGCAGGGAAGGCAGUUGCAUUGUACUUUGAAGAUAAACUUACAGAGAUCUACCCAGACAGGACCUUCCAGCCAUUACCUGAAUUUGAGCAAGAGGAGGAUGAUGCUGAAAUUACAGAUGACUCAGAUGAAGAUUUUAUCCAGCCUCGCAGAAAACGUCUAAAAUCAGACGAGAGACCGGUGCAUAUAAAGUAACCUGAUUCAAACGGACCUAAACUAUUGUAAAAAGCAAAAACAAACAUAUUUAAGUGUUCCUGGGAUAUUAUCAUGCCUUCAGUGGCCAUCUUGAUGAAGCUGAUAGUGUUCAGACAGUAUUAGAUUACAAAAAAGCAUUUGUGCAGAAACAUUCUUGUCAAAAAGGGGGAAAGCUUUUAGCUUUUGUUUUUUUGUGUGUGUUUGGGUUUCCUUUCCCACAGAGAAUGCCCUCUCAUUUCUCAGAUGCAGAGGUGCAGGAUGAAGACAAUGCAGGUUUUGUAUGAUAUUUGUACAGGCAGUGAAAUCUUUCACUGCUUACUAAUUUCUACAAGACUGGACCAAGGCAGUCAUGCUUCGCUGUUCAUGCAGGUCUGCAGUCUUAAGCUGCAGUAAACCUUCCUCAAGAUCAUCUUCAGGCAACCCCUAACUGUGAACUGGAUUGUGUUUAAUCAUCGUCUCAUCUAAAUGGUAUUUGUAAUACCAUAUUUCAUGUUGGGUCAAAUAGCUAGGUUCUGCUUUUCUUUACUGGCCUUGUGUAGAAGUACUUUGACUUGAUCAUUAAACUGUUUUGAAUAGGAGAAUGCAGGAGUGCAAGUUCUUCAUACAAGUGACAUGAAGUGUGGUUUAAAUUAAUGCUUUUCAGUAGGAUUGAAGAUAUUGAAUGAAAGUCCUAUGCACACAAAACUUAAACAAGUUUCCCCUUGGAAUUUAAUCCUAAUUUUUUCCCCUUAAGAGGCAAGAUGUUGACUGCAAUAUUGGUUACAUAGUUUUUAGUAUUUUAAGAAUUAUACUAUAACAUUAAUAACUGGUGGUGACUAUCCGGUCUUCCCUGAUAUCACUGAUAGAUCACUAUCAGCAAACAAUAACUUUGUCAAUUACCAAAUGUGUAAAAUUUCCUGUAUUCACACUGUCUUAUUUGUAAAUAGUGGUACUGUAAAUCCUUUCAGGACAGCAACAUUUGCUGUGCUGUUUUUAAGCUAAUGUGUAUUCUUACUAAUGUUCCUAAUCAAGAACAGAUUUGUAAUAUGUUGUCUAUUUCUAAAACUGUGUUCAUAGUUUGAAGUUCUAUAUUGUUUUGUUAGAGCUACUCAGAGUUUUCUUCAGAAGCAGCUUAAGUGAAAUGUCUAAGGGAGAAGAAAAUAAGCCCACUGAAAACAGUCACCUGUCCAUCUUUAGAAUGGAACAUUUGCACAGACAGUGAGUGCAUCAGACAAGUGACUUGUCAGCAGAGGGCUAACUCCAGAGGGAGAUAAAGUGAACGUAAGCAGGCUCUUCAGUUCUGCCUUGAAGGCAACAUCAAGGGCAGAAAUCUCUCUGCAUUAUUGUAAUUUAGCUCUGAACAGGUAAAAAUCCCUCAUAUUCUUGGCCUGGUCUUGAUUGGACAGCACCCAAGAAUUCAGUUUUAAGUCCAUGUACAGAAUAUUUUUGUUAUGCCAAUUUGAAUAAAUGCAGACCAUAUUGAGGUGACCAAAAUGUAAAGUUUGCUGUGAAUCCAGGAUUCUUUUGGGUAGCAAAUGGCUAAAUUUUCAACAUGUGUAAUAAACAUAAUUCAUCAUGACAUGUAAAUGUAAUUCAUCCAUACAGGAAAGAUGAAUAGCUAUUAUUGCACAAUGUAUCGACUCAGUUAUGCUCUACAGAAUUUUAAUGUAAAUGUCUGUCUUCAUUUUCCAUAUCCAGACAAAGUAACAGUGCAAGACAGUAUGUGCCUAAGAUGUGAAAAAUGGUUAAGGAAGUGCAUGGCUUUUGACUCAGUUUCUUAAACCAUCUUUAAAAAUAGCAUUUAAAGCAGAAUCAAAUUGAAAUAUAAUUCUAGAAUUUUAUAAAGUAUACUCAAAAGGCAUUUGUCUAGCAAAUGAAGUAAUUUUUAAAUUGUCUGUAUUAAAACAUAGUGGAUAGUUGCCCUAUUUAGUAGCAUGGUCAAAUAUUACUUUCCCUAAUAGAAAUUCAACACAAUAAUAAUAGGCGUGAAUCUCCAGCUCAUGUUCACCCUGCCCUUUUCAGGACACAGAAAACAAUAUUCACCAUGGCCUGCAUUAUGUUGUAUUUAUGGGAUCUCUUGACAUCAAAGCCCAGCCACCCAGUCUACAUAUAGGUUCAUGACACUGGGGAAUUCUCAUAGGCAGACAAACGUUAAUGCUGGCUUAUACUGAGUUUCCUUAUAUGUGCAUUUCAGGACAGGGUGAGUGUAGACCUGAGACUUCAUCUCUUACUGUGUUGGCUUUCCAGCCAGGUCUUAUGGAAGAUUUGUGUGUGCACUUAAAAUUGAAAUUUUGGAAAACCACUGUGUCCAUAGAGAAAACUGGAACAAAAUACUGAUAACUUCAUUGGGAGAGAGAGUGUAACAUGAUCGUGCAUCAUAAUUUCUGAUAUGGCUCAGUUUCUAUUUGAACUUGUGCCAUUACACUUAAAUUUUCUAGUUUCUCUGGCACCCGGAGAUCCUGUCCUCUGUUAUUUAAAUAAUUUAGAAACUGGUUUUCCAUAUUGCCCAAAAACUAUCUGGUUGUCAAUUUUUUUAAACUAUCCUCUCAGUACUGUUGGGCUAAUUCCAUGUUUCCAUGCUAUUUAUAAAAGUAGAAGAUCUUGCUCUUCUGGGGACUUCACUAAAGUUUAAUAUCUGUUGUAUCCCCUUCUGCAAGCAACAUUUGGCAUUUGCCAUGCUUUGAUUUGUGCAACCUUGCAGAGUUUAGUACUGAGAGAAAAUGAUAGUGUUCUCAAAUUGUAAGGAUACUUCUAUUUUGUACAAGACAAUUAAUAAAUAGCCUUCUCAAACAAGUUAAUUUUUUGUUGCUUUUUCCAUUUGGUAUUUGAAAGACAGUAGAUGAUCAGAAAAUUCUGUACAGUUAUCAUACUCUGUUUGUUAUGAAGGAUGUCUGAACUAGAUGAAUAUGUCCAUCUAGAUUUCGUACAUUUUCCCAGAGCUGAUGAGUCAGUCAGCCAAAGUAACUCUUCUGCCAUCCUAUACGCCCACUCAAUGGCAGCUCAGCACAAUUUUUGUUUACAAUUUGUGCUGUCAGGAGCAGCUUCCAUUUGGCAGGAUGCUUGUGCAAUAAUUCACCAGUGGGAUUGAGAACACAUCGUAUGUUAGAGAACAGUUUUAUAAUAGAUAGUGGAGCUUCCCUGGCAUGUUAUAUGGGUUUACCUGUGCUGCAUAAUUACAAUGUAACUGAUGUAUAAUGUGGUUCCAAGAUAUUCUGUUGCUUAAUUGGACUCUUAAACUCUGAUUUUAAAUGUUGUUGUGAAAAAGAAAAAUCCAAUCUCUCAGUUGUGUAUGUUCCUAACAUUUAUGUUAAUCCAAAGAAGAAAAAGGCAGUUUGCUUUGAAAUAGGAAGGACAACUGUACAGCGUGCUGACUGUGGACUUCUCAAUUACCUCAGCAGGUCCCCUGCCAUGUAAUUACUAGUGAUUAGUGUUAGUUUAACCAGCUAAGUAUGUUCAGGUCUUAAUUAACUGUACCCUGGAAUUAAGUGUCCUAUCAUAUACUAUUAAGGCUGAGUUACUAUCCAAAAAAAGGGUGUGUUCCCCCAGCUUUUAAGUAGAAAUGCUGUUAAAUGUAGAUAGCCUUUUUCAUAUGAAAAGAUUCUCAUUAAUACUGUUUGGAGUGGUAUUGACUGAUGGUAUAUUCAGCACUGGAUAGAUAACGUGGAAUGUUUUAUAAACAUUUCUGCAAGCCACUGCAACCAGCCAAUAUUUUUUGAACAAAUCACCCCCAAUUUGCCAUUCUGUUGUAUAACCUAGUUUUUAUUAGCUAGCCCCAUUAAGGUAAUGGCAACAGUAUGUUGAAGUUGACUGUGUAAUUUGCUGGAUGUAGGCUUUUUUCCUUUUUCCUUCUCUUCCUUGGAAAAAGCAAUAAAACUGCUUUGUCUGUUACCUAUUAGCAUGGCAGGAAUCCUUUCUUUUGGAUAGUGGUUUUAUAGGAAAGUUUUAUGUGUAUUGCCCAAGUCUAGCUUUUAAAAAAAACCCAACAAAAGUGUGCAGUUAUAGUGUGGCAUUUUAUUUUAAAAAUUGGGGAAAGUUAACAUAUUUUUUUAAAAAGUAGGUUUGAGUAAAUAAUGGAGGUACUUUUCUAAAAACUUUAUAUGCCACAAUUUACAUAGACCUAUUUCAGAUCGAUGAGCAAGACCUGUGAUGCCAGAUAUGGCCACCAAGUUUUCCUUUUCUCAGUUGCAUGCACAGAAACUCCAUCUGUCAUAGCUGUUUGUGUUCACCUACUUGUCCCCCGCUUAUUUUUUAAGCAAUAUGUCUGAAUCAAAAUAGUUUUCAAAAAUUGUAGUUGAUCUGAUUCUUAAUUUGGUAGCUGAGUUACAAUAACAAAAUGCAGUUUGCCCAUUUUCUAUUGGAGUGCUUUUUGAGUUGAGGAGCUGCUGCUUUCGUUUACCAUGAUUUGUGACUAUGUACAAAGAAAUGGAAAUAAUUUUAUAGGUCUUUUCAUUUGUUUCAGCAUUCCCCCUAGUGUGAACAUUAAUUUCAAAAUGGAAGAUGAUGCAUGUUUGUUAAAGGCCUGCAGAUAUGGACAUUUCUUUGGUUCAAAAUGCCAUUAAACAUGUAUAUAACAGGUCUAUAAAGAUUUGUGCAAUUGAAAGCCUGUUUUAAUUUUAUAUGUAAACAUACAAAUCAAAGGGUUCAGUUCCCAGCAUUCUUAAUUUCUUUCCGGUAAUUAAAACUGGUACUUUUUGCACACAGUUAACUUUACAGAUUCUUCAAAAAAAAAAAAGUGCUGUUUUUGUGGUAUUGUAUUCUCUAAAUAUUUAAUUUUUUAACAAGUUAACGUUCCUAAUUGUUCAGUUCCUGUGUUUUUGGCUGGUGUGUAAUAAAGGCAUUUUUCCCCUUUUA